CUGUGUUUAAAGAAGCAUUGUACAAAGUCCGGGGAGUACCAGGGAGCAAACUAUGGCUUCACUGCUGGCUUUCAGUGUUCUGGUGACAGGCUCCAACCGAGGUAUUGGGUUAGAAUUGGUGCGACAGCUUGUAGAGAUGCCUGAGCCUCCAAAACACAUCUUUGCCACUUGUCGGAAACCUGAUGGACCCCGAGGGAAGGCUCUGGAAGAAUUGGCCAACAAGCACACCAACAUUCAUGUGAUUCAGCUAGAUGUGGUGGACCAUUCCAGUGUGAAGGCCGCUGUGUCAGUAGUGGAAUCCUAUCUCGGUGGUAAGGGCCUGAAUCUGAUAAUCAACAACGCAGCCCAAAAUUCCAAGGGGUUUCUGCUGGAGGCUGUAGAGCAGCAAGAUAUGCUUUCAGUGUACAAUACUAACGUAGUAGGACCCAUUCUUGUGGUCAAGGAAUUCCUGCCUCUGCUGAAGAAGGCUGCCAAGGAGACUGCAACAGAAGAACUGGGUUGCAGCAAAGCAGCUGUCAUCAACAUAUCUUCAUUAAUCGGCUCCAUUGGGCAGGGAUUUGAUGUUUCAGUUCCCCCAGUAUAUGCCUACCGUGCAAGCAAGGCUGCUUUGAAUAUGGUCACUGCUUGCCUCACUCUGGAACUGAAAAAAGAUGGAAUUCUAUGCACUUCGAUCCAUCCUGGCUGGGUGAAAACAGACAUGGGAACGGAGCAGGCACCCUUGACAGUUCAGAACAGUGUGCAGGGUAUUCUUAAAGUGUUGGCUAGUCUAUCACACUCGUCUGCAGGAACCUUUCUGGACUGGGAAGGGAACUUUGUCUCCUGGUGAGUGUUCCAUGGACCAUGAUCUAAAGGAGGCCCUCACAACCUGAAACUGCAAUGGGUGGAGCCAGAAUUUUGAAUUUUAACACACUGAGAAUAUAUUGUUUCAGUUUUAUGUAUUUUAUUUUUGUAUCUACCCAUCUAUGGAUGGAAGGAACAGGUAAUAUACUGAACUACAGUGGUACCUCGGGUUGCGAACGCCUCUGUUAACAAAUUUUUCGGGUUAUGACCAGCUCCGGCCCCAAAAAUUUAC